CGAGUCUUCCACGCACACACUAGUAGAAUCAACUCCUUCAAAUUCUCCUUUGCAUCAUAUAUCGCUUUUGAUCUCCAUCGAUUGGAUCUCCUAAUCUUUGAAAUCCGUAAAUAGUGAAUCAUGGAUUUAAGUAAGUUCAAUCGUGAAGAGCUUACACUAUUGGGAGCUGGUGGUUGCACUAUGCUUUCACUGCACUUCACAUUUCAACUUGCUUCACAGCAUCUUUAUUACUGGAAAAACCCAAAGGAACAAAAAGCCAUAAUCAUCAUCAUUCUCAUGGCUCCUGUUUAUGCUGUUAACUCUUUUGUGGGUGUGCUUGAUGUCAAAGGAAGCAAACCAUUUUUUAUGCUUUUGGACUCUGUUAAGGAAUGCUACGAGGCUUUGGCCAUUGCUACGUUUCUGAGUUUACUUUAUAGUUACUUGAAUAUCUCCAUUAGCAAAAAUAUAGUUCCUGAUGAAAUUAAGGGAAGAGAAAUUCACCAUUCUUUCCCAAUGACUCUAUUCCAACCACGUACAACUCGUCUGAAUCACCAAACCCUAAAACUUCUAAAGCAGUGGACUUGGCAAUUUGUGAUCACACGGCCCACAUGUUCAUUUCUAAUGAUCGGUUUGCAGUUACUUGGAAUGUAUCCGAGUUGGCUAAGCUGGACGUUCACCAUUAUUCUCAAUGUUUCCUUUUAUGUGGCUAUGUAUUCUUUAGUUGUCUUUUACCAUGUUUUCGCAAAGGAAUUGGAGCCACACAAACCACUCGCUAAGUUUUUAUGCGUCAAAGGAAUUGUCUUCUUUUGCUUUUGGCAGGGAGUAUUGCUCGAAAUCCUAGUGAAAACGGGUGUAAUAAAAUCACAUCAUUAUUGGUUAGACGUUGAGCAUAUUGAAGAAGCUAUUCAAAAUGUUUUGGUGUGUGUUGAAAUGGUUGGAUUUUCGGUUAUUCAACAAUACGCGUUUCAUUUUGAGCCUUAUAGUGGAAAUGUCCAAUCGAUGUUGCAAAGGGGGAAGAAGAACGAGUGAUGUUUAAACUGUAUCAUUUUUGUUUUGAUUUUAUUUUGGUGUUAAAGUUAAUGUUGUACCAUUAUGUUUUCGAUUUGUUAACACAUUAGUUUUUAUAGAUUAGUGAUCUUCUCC